UACUUGUGCAUUUUCCAGUUCCAGUUUCAACACGCAAAAUUUUGUGCCGGAAAAAAAAUUAAAUAGAGUUUUCAUUGUCUAAGACAUAAAGAAUUUGUGAGUCGCUCACAAAAUCAUUGAAUCGGCAACUGUGUACAAAAUUUCAGAUAAUUAACCACAUACUGCUUACACCACAAGAACCAUAGAUCAUGGCGUCGCAUCAAUAUCACCAAAUUGCAAAUUUGCUGGAAAAAAUGACGUCCACGGACAAAGAUUUUCGAUUCAUGGCCACAAACGAUUUAAUGACUGAGUUGCAAAAAGACAGUAUAAUACUGGAUGACGAGUCGGAGAAAAAAGUGGUGCGCAUGGUUCUCAAAUUGCUCGAAGACAAAAACGGUGAAGUGCAGAAUUUGGCAGUGAAGUGUUUGGGGCCGUUGGUCAACAAAGUAAAAGAAAAUCAAGUGGAGACAAUUGUGGACUCGCUCUGCGGCAACAUGAUGUCGAAUGUGGAACAACUGCGCGACAUCUCAAGCAUUGGCCUCAAGACCGUCAUUGCCGAGUUGCCGCAAUCAUCGAAUUCCCUUGCGCCUAAUGUCUGUCAGCGUAUAACUGGCAAAUUGAGCAUUGCCAUUGAGAAGGAAGACGUUUCGGUCAAGUUAGAGUCCCUGGACAUAUUGUCCGAUUUGCUGUCGCGCUUUGGCGAGUUUUUGGUUCCAUUUCACAACACAAUAUUGAAGGCUCUAAUGCCUCAAUUGGCUUCACCUCGCCAGGCUGUACGCAAACGAACUAUUGUUGCGCUCUCAGUGCUGCUAAUUCAGGCAAAUAGUAAUGCCUAUAAUGGUGUGGUCGAUCACUUGCUGGAAGGACUCGAAAAUCCUCAAAAUCCUGGAGCCAUUCGAACCUAUAUUCAAUGUUUGGCUUCAAUUUGCCGUCAAGCUGGACAUCGUCUCUGUAACCAUAUCGAUCGCUCGAUGCUGCUACUCAAGCAAUAUAGCCAGCGUGAUGAUGAUGAACUCCGAGAAUUCUGCUUGCAGGCCUGUGAAGCGUUUGUGCUGCGUUGUCCGGAUGCUAUAAAUCCACACAUUCCUAUGAUCCUUGAACUAUGCCUUAAGUAUGUAACAUACGAUCCCAACUACAACUAUGAGGCCGACGACGGUGAUACAGGGGUUGCUAUGGAUACUGAAGAAGAUGAAUACGUCGACAGCGAGGAAUAUAGCGAUGAUGAUGAUAUGAGUUGGAAAGUUCGACGUGCUGCUGCUAAAUGUUUGGAAGUUUUGAUUGCAACUCGUCAGGAGUUAAUUGAAGAAUUCUAUCGUACGUUGAGUCCAGCUCUAAUUGCUCGAUUCAAGGAGCGUGAGGAGAAUGUCAAAUCGGACAUAUUUCAUGCAUAUGUUGCAUUGUUAAGAAACACACGUCCUGCUGAUGAUAUGGCUCAUGAUCCCGACUCCAUGGAUCAAAUUUCGGGUCCUACUUUAUUGCUAAUAGAGCAGUUACCUCAAAUUAUCAAAUCAAUUCAACCAUUGAUGCGUGAGAAAUCAAUGAAAACGCGUCAGGACUGUUUCUUAUUGCUUCGUGAGCUCUUGAACUCUCUACCCGGUGCCCUUGGGCCGCAUCUGGAGAGCAUUGUGCCUGGCAUAAGCUAUUCGUUAAACGACAAGAGUUCCACAAGCAAUAUGAAAAUCGAGUCGCUGGGCUUCCUCUGCUCAUUGCUUCAGGGUCAUCAACCACAAGUAUUCCAUCCACAUAUCUCACUGCUUGUGCCACUGGUGGUUACAUCGGUCUUUGAUCCCUUCUAUAAGAUUGCUACUGAGGCGCUGUUGGUGCUGCAACAACUUGUGAAAGUUGUACGUCCAUUGGGAAUGAAUGCUAUUAAAUCGGACUUUGAUGUGACCCCAUUCGUCACUCAGGUGUAUUCGUGUACCUUGCAGAAACUAAAAGUAACCGAUGUUGAUCAAGAGGUUAAGGAGCGUGCCAUUGCGUGCAUGGGUCAAAUUAUUGCCAAUAUGGGUGAUUUACUCAAAAGCGAGUUGGCAGUCUGCCUGCCCAUCUUUAUGGAGCGUUUGAAAAACGAAGUGACGCGCCUUAGCAGUGUUAAGGCUCUCACCAUGAUUGCCGCAUCGCCAUUGCGUAUUGACUUGUCACCCAUUCUCCACGAAGUGUUGCCCACUUUGGGCACUUUUCUGCGAAAGAAUCAUCGCGCAUUAAAACUACACUCGCUGGACCUCAUCAACAAGAUUGUGAUCAACUACUCCUCUAAUUUUGAACCCAAUGUGCUUCAGACUGCUAUUGUGGAAAUUCCUGGACUAAUUUCGGACUCCGAUUUACACGUUGCUCAAUACUCAUUAACUUUAUUAAGUACAACAGCACGUCGCCAGCCGCAGGCAUUAGUUGGAAUACACGAGAAAUUUUUGCCAUCUGUAUUAUUAUUGGUUCGCUCGCCAUUGUUGCAGGGAAGCGCUUUGCAAUGCACUUUGGAGCUGUUCCAAGCUUUGGUUCAGGCCCAAUUAUCUGGAUUGGAUUAUCACUCACUGGUGUCAAAGCUAAUGGAACCCGUUUUAACUGGUAGUGAUCCAGCGGGCAAGAAUCCCAGCGAGCAGUUACAGCUGCACAAGCAGGCAUAUCAUUCAUCGGCAAAGUGUAUUGCGGCCUUAACUCAGCAAUGCCCGCAGGUCGCAACUCCAUUGGCCACUCAACUGAUGGCUGAGUUGCAGAAACGCGAUAACAAGGAUACACAAAUAAUCUUCUGUUUGCUUACAAUUGGCGAAAUCGGCAGACACUUUGAUUUAAGCAGUAUCCAAGUGCUGCCGCAAACAAUCAUUGAAUGCUUUGGUGCCACCUCUGAGGAUGUUAAAGCAGCUGCUUCGCAUGCUCUUGGGGCCGUAUCUGUGGGCAGUCUGCAAACAUAUUUGCCGCUUAUCUUAAAGGAGAUUGAGGCACAGCCCAAGCGGCAGUAUCUUCUGCUGCACUCAUUGAAAGAGGUCAUAUCAUCUCUGUCGGUUACACCUAAUGGCCUGUCUCAAUUGUUGCCAUCGGUGCCUUCGAUUUGGACACAACUCUUUAAGCAUUGUGAAUGUUCAGAGGAAGGAUCACGUAACGUUGUUGCCGAAUGCCUAGGCAAACUUGUGCUCGUGAAUCCGGAAGAAUUACUACCGCAAUUGCAACAAGCUUUGCGAUCGGAGAGCGCUACCAUGCGCACUGUGGUUGUGUCUUCGGUCAAAUUCACAAUAUCUGAUCAGCCGCAACCAAUUGAUUUGCUACUCAAGCAAAGCAUUGGCGAGUUUUUAUUCGCUUUACGCGAUCCAGAACCACAAGUGCGUCGCGUAGCUCUAGUUGCAUUCAAUUCGGCAGUACACAACAAACCGAGUUUGGUGCGCGAUCUAUUACCAACGCUUUUACCAUGGCUAUAUUCAGAGACAAAAGUUAAAAGUGAACUCAUACGCGAAGUGGAAAUGGGACCAUUUAAGCAUACUGUUGACGAUGGUCUUGAUAUACGAAAAGCUGCAUUCGAAUGCAUGUAUACGCUACUUGAACAGGGUCUGGAAAGGGUGGACGUAAUGCAAUUCAUGGAUCAUGUUCAGGCUGGCCUCUGUGAUCAUUAUGACAUCAAAAUGCUGACGUACCUAAUGACAGCGCGACUUGCUGUACUAUGUCCCGAUAAAGUUUUGCUAAGAUUGGAUCAGUUUGUUCAGCAAUUGCGCGAUACUUGCACACACAAGGUAAAGGCCAAUUCGGUUAAGCAGGAGUAUGAGAAGCAAGAUGAACUGAAGCGUUCCGCUCUACGAGCGGUGUCUGCCCUCUCGCAAAUACCCAAAGCAAAUAAAAAUCAGCAGUUAUUAGACUUCUUAAAGUCGAUAAAAGAAACUCCAGAACUGUGUAAAAUUUAUGAAUAUGUGCAAAAGGAUUCCAUUACCGGCAAUUCAGACAUUAUUGCCAUGGACCAAACUUAAAUGUGUAUUGAACGAGCGCUGAUCUUUGAAUACUAAUUUUAUUGAUAUAAAGUAAUAAGAAUUUGUGAACACAAAAAAAAAAAAAAGAAAAAUGUAUCUUCUUCUGAUACAGCCA